CUCCAUCACGUUAAUCGCCAGCGAGAGCCUGCCAUUACACGCUUCUAGACUGCUUCGUACAACUAACUAUCAAACGAAAAAGCCUCGCAGAGCCGCCGAUUCUCUUAAACUAUCGUCAUUCAAUAUAAUCAGCUGCGCCUCCCCCGUUAAUCUCCAAACUAUUAGAAACCAUGCCUCGCAACAAACCCCGUCUCCAGCUCGCUCUCUACGCGCGGUCGAAGCACCCUGGAACUUACCACUACGCGCUCUUAAUUUCUCCAAAAAGCACCAAAAAACAGCAGGCCAAUUCGGCCACAAAACAUCACGUCAAAAACACGCUUCAAAAUAUCUCCGGCGAGCUCACACAGCCAUGGCGCUACGAGCGUCUUGCCAUCUCGGAUAUCCAGCUUGAACAACGUCUACUAGUCCGUAUCGUUGUAGCUAAAGUUACGUCCCCAGAUGCACUUGAAAGGAUCCUUGAAGCAGUGCCGGUUUACCAGAUCGAUGACCCGAAUCAAGCGAAAGCGCAAUCGUUCACUUGUUUGACGUGGGUUCGAGCUGCGCUAGAGGAGCUGGGGGUGCAUGGAGCAGUAGCUGAAUUGGGGGAGUGGGAGGGGAUUCAAAAGAAGGCACUAGAAUACGUGGAGAGGAAGAAGGAGGUGGGGAGGUGGAGUGUGGGCUGGAAGGGGGAGGUAGGGGUGCCGAUGUUGGAUUUACUUGACGGGAGAGAGGUUGUUGGGUAG